AUAAAUAAGAAACCCUAAAAGCCAUUGUGAAUUGAAUUUUCCUUUUCCAUCUAUCCUCUCCCUCUAGACUGUGAAGGCAUGGUGAAGGUUUGGGAUGCGAAGCGAAAUUCUAUGCCUCCGACCCUGGAAAGGGGGCCUCGAUCCGGGCUGAAUUACCCAAAACCUGUGAAGAAGAAAACUGGCACAAAUUGGUUCACUAAAAAAAGAAGUGUAUACAUCCCUUGCAGUAAGAUGGGGAAAAUGGGUAUUUGGUUGCACCAACGUUCUCCCCCCUCAAAGCAACUAAGAAGCAUGUACCAGCCGCGUAGAGACAAGAAUCAAUGCCGGGUUCAGGAAAAGGAAUUAAGAUUCAGAAAUCCACCAGAGCCACAAGAUGAUGCACGCGAGAAGAAAAAAGAUUUGGACGACUCUAUGAGUGACUCAUCAUCAUCAUCAUCAUCACAAGAAGAAGAAGAAGAAGACUCAAGAAAAGGACACGAGGAAGAAUCGAAAGAGCAUAAGAGUGAAGUAGAGCUGGAGUACGGCCCAUGUAGUGAGGACGCUCCCUGUAGACUUUGCCGGGAACCGCCGGAGGACACCCCGUGUAGGGUAUGCCUUCGGAUGGGCUGCAACAUUCUUGUCUGUCCCUUGUACUGGGGUAAGGUCCCUCCUUGGGUGACUAAAGUUGGAGAGGACUAUCAGAUUGCUUGUCGGCUAUGCAAUUGCAUUGAUGAUCGGUGUGGGCACUAUGGUAUGAGACAUGUUCGUCUUAAACGCCGUUCCUUCCGCAAAACAGCUUGAUCGCCCGAUGCUUGAUCCAUGAUGAUGCACUAUUUAUAACUACUCUCUAUAUUAUUUUAUAAUUAAAAUGAGAAGUGAUGUGAUUAUUUUAUUUUGUCAAAUGUUUAACACAACCAUCUAACGAAAGAAGAUGUGAUUUAACAAUAUGAAUAUUAAUGUGGGAGCUUUUUGUGAGAUGGAAGAGUACGUUACUUAAAGGUACGAAUGCCAUGGGCCCUUCAACACGGGUUAACGGAGACUUGAUGAUGGGUCACCCUACCCGCCGGCAAGCUGUGAAUAUAAUUGGUACAUUCAGAUUGUUCGAGACGACCAAGGUGUGGGAAUGAAAUGGGUUGUGCUUCUCCUUUGUUGGAGGAUUAGCCCGUCCUCGGAAUCGUGGCCUUCAGCGAAUCCUUGCACAAAAUUCUUAGAAAUUUUGUUAAUAUUUUGUGGGUGUUUCUUUGUCCUUAUAAACUGGUAAAAAAUGU